UUUUGAUGGAUCAAUUUUUCCGUAUGGAGUCAGUUUGUGCGCUUCGUAGUUUUCAUAAUCGUUCGUGUUCACUGCACAAUAUAAUAUAAGAUAAUAAUAAUCUAAAAGGGAUCUUCAGCCGUUAUGAUGAGGAGGAUUUUCAAAGGGCGUUAUUAAGUAGGUAUUUUAUAUAAUAUUAAAGUGAUUUAAUAUGCAUUAAACUUUAAGUUGUUAGAUUUAACAUUUCUCGAUUCUAGAAGUAGGUAAGUAAUAAAAUCGUUUUAUUUUUACAAAAUAAUCUUAUGACCACUUCAAUUAGGAACGUGCUCGUUACCACCUCUUCCACCCUUAUCACGACGUCCUGCUUAUCGCCCGUCAUCGUCAACGACCAAAGCGGUAAAAUGGUUUGGCAUCGGUUCAUUGCGUGCUCGACUUUCCACGCUCUUUUGUGUCUACCCUGACCCUCAGUUGUGUUUGUUUUUUUCUUGUCUGUUUUCUGUAUAUAUCGUUUAAUAUUCAUAGUCAAAUUAUUAUUGCAUAUACAUAUAUAUAUAUAUAAUAUUAUAUAUCUCUAACACACACGCGCGUGUGGAGCUAGUAGGAUGCACAACCCGAAAAAGAAGAAAAUACACCCUGACAAAAAAAAAAAAAACAAAAAAAAAUGGGAUAAAAAAAUAAAAAUAAAAUAAAAAGGAAACGAGAAAAAAGAACAGAAAGAACGCGUCCUCGGAAAAAAGGGAAAAUACAAUAAGUGUACAAGGGCGAAAAAAAUAUAUAUAAUAAAAAGUUGAGGGGGGACGAUGGGGUGUGCGUGCGAGGGUGGGUUGAUGGCGGGUAGACGUUAUGUACCCCUUCCACUGCGUCCUAAACUCGUACGAUGUUUCCAUUUUCCUUUGCCUUCCCCUCUCCGCGACCCACCUUUAUUCAAUACUCCCUCUCUCUCAGUCCGUCUCUCACACCCUCUCUCUCAAUCCCUCUCGCUCUCUCUGUUUCCCUCUUUUUCACUAACUCUGCCGUCUCGCGCUCGCUCUCAUAUUGCACCUCCCCGACGUCGUCGCGACGAUGCCCACCCCUGUUCCUUUUCUUCGUCCCGAGGUUUUUUUUUCUUUUUGUCUUGCAUGUAUCUCAUGUGUGUGUGUGUGCGCUCGCCGCGGACGAUUUUUUUCCCCUUCUCAGUUUUCCGGCAUCGUUCGUUCUGUACGGUUUUCCCGAGCGCGAGACAUUUUCCACACACAUAAAAAACUCAACAUACACACAACGACGCUCACAAUAUUUCACAUAAUACACGAACAAUCGCGGUGAACGGACCCGUACCGCUCGUGCACUCGCCGAUACGUCAUUGAAGCGCGCGAGCCACCGCCGUCACAUCAGUACAUAUUAAUAUUGUUUCCGUUGUCGCCACGCCGGCAGCCACUGCUAUGACGACACGGCAGCGAAACGAGCAGCGGCCUGACGACGACGACGACGAUGACGGCGGCGGCGACGGUGACGAUGACGAUGCGGUUUCGCGGUCGCCGCCGCCACCACCGCCACCACCACCACCACCGCUAUCACCAGAACCGCCACCGCCGCCGCCACCACUGCCGGCGCCGCGAUCCCCGCCGUCACCGGCUCCACCGUCCCCGCCACCGACCGUACGACCGACACCGGAAGACUUGGCGGCUGGAGGGUCUGUCGCGUCCGCAGCCGUGGCCGCUGCGGCUGCCAAGUUGCGGCCGGCUGAGUCGCUGAUGCUGAGCCCGUCGCUGUACUACAAACGUUUGUUGGCCGCAAACGUGGCCGCCACUUUUGGCAAAGCCGUCAAGGCGCACCACCAACAACAGCAGCACCACCAACAGCUGCAGCAGCAACAGUUACAAUUGCACCCCCACGUCCAUCACGGCGUCGGUGGCCAUCACCACGUCACCGCGCUGCACAAUGCACACGGAUUGCACUUGCAGGCGGCCGCGGGUCACCAUCACCAACAUCAACUCGUGGGCCAUCUCCAGCCGCAGCAACAGCAACCGUCCGUCGCCACUGCCGCAUCCGCCGGUGAUAGAUCCGCUGGCGCCUGCACGUCCGGCGAUGACGACGAAGACGACGGUGACGACGACGACGACGACGAUGACGACGACGAUUGCGACGACGAGGACGACGACGCGGACAGCGGCGGACAUCAUCACAAAAUCGGCGGCGUGGAGAAGGCGGCUUUCCUGUGGCCGUCGCCGGAGCAACAGGCACAGCAGCAGCAGCAACAACAGCAGCAGCAGCAACAGCAACAGCAGCAACAACAGCAACAGCAGCAGCACCAACAGCAGCAACAGCAGCAGCAGCAGCAACAACAGCAGCAGAAUAACCUCGCCGCGGCCGGUGGUCAGACCUUGGGCCCCGUCGCCGGUAGCCUGAACAACAACAACAACAAUAGUAGCAGCAACAACAACAACAACAGCAGCAGCCACCUGAACGGCAACAAGUGUGGCGUCGGCGGUGCCGGGUCGGCCGUCCACCCGCAACACCUACAGCAGCAAGGUGGCGCGGCCACCGGGGCGGGCGGCACCGGACUGGUGCACUGGAUGUCCAUGAUGGCCGAGCACAUGAACAACGCCGCGGCCACACAUCACCACCACCAUCACCCGCAUCACCAUCAUCACCCGGCCGAUCCGGCCAACGCCAUGCACUACAUGUGGAACACGCCAGCCGUCGACGUGCAAUGCGGUGGACAUGGCAAAGAAGUGGAUUAUAGUUGGACUAGACAGACAGCCAUGAAACAAGGCUAUGAGGCGAAAAUGAACAACAACGAUCACAUUCAACAGCUUUCAAAAGGUGGUAUGGAAGAUGGCUCUGGUAUGUACCAGCAGCACGGUGGUGGUACGCCGAGGUCGCAUAGUACGGCAAGUACGGCUAGCAGCAUUUCACCCACUGGUAACUCGGCGACGCCCAUGUUGAUCGUACCACAUCCGAUAAAUGCUGCUAAAAUCACGGACGCACAUCACGUGGUCACUCAUCAAAAUGGUGGCGGCCGAAAAUAUACUUGCAAAAUGUGCCCAUCGGGUCGCGGUAGGAAGCGGGGCGUGAACAAAGGUAGAGACGGUCUCGGAUGGUCGAGUGUGGACCACGGAAACCCAGAGCAGAUAUUUGCAUCCAAGUCGGAAUUGCAAUUGCACUCGCAGCUGCACGUCAAAGACGUGAAACCGUACAAAUGUCAUCAGUGCAACAAAACAUUCGCCAACAGCUCGUACCUGAGCCAGCACACGCGCAUCCAUCUGGGCAUCAAACCGUACCGGUGCGACAUCUGCCAGCGGAGGUUCACACAGCUCAGCCACCUGCAGCAGCAUAUACGCACGCACACCGGCGACAAGCCGUACAAGUGCAGGCACCCGGGUUGCACCAAGGCGUUCUCGCAGCUCAGCAACCUACAGUCACACUCCCGGUGCCACCAGACGGACAAGCCGUUCAAGUGUAACUCGUGCUAUAAGUGCUUCCAGGACGAGCAGUCGCUGCUCGAGCACAUACCCAAGCACAAGGAGUCCAAACACCUCAAGACGCACAUAUGCCAGUACUGUGGCAAGUCGUACACGCAGGAGACGUACCUGUCCAAGCACAUGCAGAAGCACGCCGAGCGGAUGGACAAGCGGCCGCCGAUCAUCGGCAUACCGCGCGUGGCCCUGGAGAAUGGCGCGUACUGGGGCAAGAUGUCGCCGGAUACGGCCAACAACCUGGUGGAAGCCAUCAACCAGCAACAGCAGCAGCAGCAAGAGUGCAUGCAAGGAGGAGGCGGCGGUGGUUCUAACGGAGGCGGUGGCGUCGCAACCGCCGGCGACUUGAACGCCGGUGGACCGUCCAGCACCGCGGCGUCCGUGGCCGCCGACGAUCAGCCGUCCAACAGGCAUGGCACCCACCUACCCCCCGCUCCACCCGAGUACCUGUCGGACACGUCGUCCGUUCCCAAGACGAGCACGUCCGCGUUCACGCCCAUUCAGUCGUUCGGACUGCCGACGCACCCACCGCCGCCACCAUCGCACCACCCGCACCACCCGCACCAUCAGCAACACCACCAGCAGGCCAUGUACAUGCCGUACAACCACUUGUCGUUCUCGGGCGCCAAGCAGCUGGGCGCGCACGGCCACCAACUGUCGCCGAUGGCCGGGCCCAUGGACAUGAAGCCGCCGUCCGUCGGGUCCAACGGGUUCCCCAACCAGCUGAUCUCGCUGCACCACAUACGCAACUACUCGCACCAGCCGAGUCCGUCGUCCAUCAUGUCCGAACACCUGUUGCACGGCAUGAAGGACAAGGUGCAGUAGUAGUGGGUGAUGAGCGGCGGGCAUCGUCGUACCCACUAUACGUUUAUAUUAUAAUGUACCCACAUCGGCACGCCACCGCGACCCGCUGGGCCGUACUGUGUGUCGAAAUAUCUGUAUUUAUGUAUAGUUUAAUAUUAUGCAUAAUGUCAUAAUAAUAUUUUUAUUAUUAUAUGUGUAUUGUAUCGGUACGCGGAAAACCGUAUUGAUAAUAAUAUUUAUGAAACGCCCGCACGGUAUUCCUUAUAAUAUUAUAUUAUUACCGUCGUCGUCGCCGCCGCCGCCUGUGUCGCGUGUGGUUAGGUUAGAUAUAUAACAUUAUAAUAUGUAUACAUUUAUACCAGGUUAGAUAUACCGGCUGUGUGUAUUAUGUAUGUAUAUACUAUUAUUAUAUUAUGUAUACCUUGCAACGCGAGCCAACUGUGAUGACGCACGCAACAGCAAAUCGUCGACGACCACCACAAUUUUCUCGCCGAUUUACGCCGUUUAAAAUCAUUAUUAUUAUUAUUAUUAUUAUUAUUUGUAUUAUUAUAAUUAUUAUUAUUAUCAUUAUUAUUAUUAUUAUUAUUAUUAUUAUUAUUAUUAUUAUUAUCAUCAUUAUAAAUGUGUUUUUAUACGUUUUUUUGUCCAAUGUCUACGUGUAUGUGUCUCAUCGUCGUCUCGAUCCAAUCCUUUGAUUAGUUUUUUUUUUUUCAUUUUUACCUCCCUAAUAUUAUAGUAUAUUAUAUUAAAUUAAGUUUUGGUGUUAAGUUAUGGACCGAGUGUAUACGUGUGAUUUUAUUGCCCGUAUCCGUGUAAUACGUGUAAAUAUUUUUGAGUGAGUGACGAGAUGAGGAGAACAGCUAUCGUUAAUUAUUGUAUUGUAUUUUUUUUUCUUCAACCUCUUCUUCUCGUCAAAGUGAAUUGUCUGUACCCAAGACUGAUGUGUACAUAAUUAAUAAUAAUUAUUGUAAAAUACAUAAACAACUAACGGAAAUCGGGCAGUAAAAUACUAUCGAAAAAAAUAUUAAAUAAUAAUGCAGUUAUAAAUGUUAGAGGUAUUAAACAUUUUUUCUCUUUAUUUUCAUUAUUAUUAUUAUUAUUGUUUAUUUUUUUUUUUUAAUGGAGAGCGUUAGGGACACAGAGGUCAGUCGCAUGGAUCUCAGUAAAUUGUAGACGACGUAUAUUGUUUUUUGAAAACCUUACUGAAGCAGUGUUUUACAUUUCUUUUGUGAUUGUUACCAUUUGUAAUAGUAUAGUCAACGAGUCACGAAGGUAAUUAACAAAUUCCUAACCUAAAACUUAAUUUUAUAGGAUACGUAAAUUUUAUUUUGAAUAAGUUUGUAAUUUUUUUUUUUGUAACUAAUUAAUUUAAAAACGUUAAUUUUUUAAUUAUUAUUAUAUAAUUUUUAUUUCGUUUAAUGCUCAAUUUGUAUUAAAU